CUAUUCAGCGGGACUCCUCCCCAAUGCAGCCCGAGCAGAUCGCUCUUCCUGCGGUGUGACAGCAGCAGCGGCGGCGGCGGCGGUGGCGCAUUGUACGCUUUUAUCCUUUAUUUGACUCUUUUCUUUCUACACUGAGCUAAUCAACACAAACUCAUCUGAUCAUCUCCUUCUGGAAGAACUGCAGGACGCGGCGGCUUGUCUAAAAUGGCCAACAGAGACGAUGAAUACGAUUUCUUGUUCAAAGUCGUUCUCAUCGGAGAUUCAGGCGUUGGGAAGAGUAACCUGCUGUCGAGAUUCACACGAAACGAGUUUAACCUGGAGAGCAAGAGCACGAUAGGAGUGGAGUUCGCCACCAGGAGCAUUCAGGUGGAUGGAAAGACCAUAAAAGCACAGAUCUGGGAUACGGCUGGACAGGAGCGAUACAGAGCCAUCACCUCUGCAUAUUAUCGUGGAGCAGUCGGUGCGCUGCUGGUGUACGACAUCGCCAAACACCUUACCUAUGAGAACGUGGAGCGCUGGCUGAAAGAGCUGCGAGAUCACGCUGACAACAACAUCGUCAUCAUGCUGGUUGGGAAUAAGAGUGACCUGCGGCACCUGAGGGCCGUGCCCACCGAUGAGGCCCGCGCUUUCGCAGAGAAGAAUAACCUGUCAUUCAUCGAGACGUCAGCUCUGGACUCAACUAAUGUUGAAGAGGCCUUCAAAAACAUCCUAACAGAAAUCUACCGUAUCGUAUCACAGAAGCAGAUAGCGGAGCGGUCGGCCCAUGACGAGUCUCCCGGAAAUAACGUUGUGGACAUCAGUGUCCCGCCCACCACAGACGGACAGAAGAGCAACAAACUGCAGUGCUGCCAAAACCUGUAACCACGUCGACCAGCCCUCACCUGUCAGUCAUCUCCGGGUCCCUCAUCACGUCCCGCCGCUCAUCUUCUCACUUUUAUUUCUGUAAUAUAUACAUGUAUAAAUAUAUUUGUUUUUUGACCACACACACACAGUAUCUAACUGCGCUGACAGUGCUUUACUUUAAUAAAGUCCAAAUCAGGUUUUUCUGUGUGAAUGCAACGGAAUAUUCCACAAUACUACACAGAUUAAAAUGAACCCUUUUUAUUCUCCUAAAACAUCUGGUAAAUCUGGUGUGCUUGUCAUGUUUUACUCUAAUUAAAAGUCUUUGUUUUUUCA